AUGGAUUAUAGUUUAACGGAUCUAAAUCUAACUGUGCCGUCACUACUACCACCACCACCAACACCCCCAACAACAACAACCAUCGAUUCGCUAUUCAUAUCGGCAACCAUUAUGACCAUUACCGAUGCCGCCGACACCGACUACUCGUCGUCCGUAGAGGACAACUGGCUGCGCAAUGUCCUCAUUGUCAUUGUUUACGGCAUUAUUAUUGUAGUAUCGCUUAGCGGUAACUGUUUGGUCUGUUUUGUUGUCUACAGUAAUCGGAAACUGAGGACUACGACCAACAUAAUGAUCGUAUCGUUGACCGUUUCGGACAUACUGACCACUACGUUGAACAUACCGUUCAACUGUGCCCGUAUAUUGUUGGACGAUUGGCCAUUUCCCGAUUCGCUGUGCAUCGGGAUGCCUGUAAUGCAAGUAUGUUGUGUGUAUGUAUCGACGGUAACAAUGACCGUCAUAUCGGUUCACCGAUACUAUUCAGUUGUCCGACACUCCAGGGAUAUGUCACGCUAUAUGAGCACCAGUAGACUGAAUGCUAUCCUAGCGGGUACUUGGCUACUGUCGCUCGUGCUAUCGGUACCGCACGCUAUGUUCAAUCGUGUGGUCGAAGUCCAGUAUAUCGGUAAUCGGCCGUCGAUGCGCUGUCGGACAGUCUACCCGAACGUCGACAUACAUUUCGAUCUGGUGUUGACCAUCGAAGCUAUUGUCACACAAUUUCUGAUACCACUGUCGGUUACCUGUUGUCUGUAUAUGAAAAUUGCGGCAAUCAUUGCCCGUCAGGGACAGUUGGCCGCACAUUCAACCGACGAAACCUAUAGGCGCUAUUGCGAUGCCAAACGCAAACGUAUUGUUAUGCUUGUAUUGGUUUGCUUGACGUUUGCCGUUUGUUGGCUACCCCUGAAUGCCUAUCACCUGCUUAUGGAUCUCAAUAUACUACCACAUAAUUAUACCAUUUUCCUAAUACUACACGCCCUGGCCAUGAGUAGCGUCUGUUACAACCCGAUGAUCUACUGUUUUAUGAACCAAGCUUUCCGACGGGGUGUCCGCAAUGUUUGCUGUGUUAAACUCAUAUUGAUUGGUGGCCGCCGACAAAAAUCGGUAACAGUUGCCGAUGAUCCGGCCACCGAUGAUGAUGAUGAUGACGACGAUGAUGAUGAGGCUGUUAAUGGUAUUCAAACUAUUACGGCCAACGGCGAGGACAGCCAUCAUCACCAGCACCACAACCAACAGCCGGUAAUGUUGACCAGUGGUGUCUUAGAGCAGACAUAUGUCUAA